GACUUGUGUGGGACCGAAAUGUCAGAGGCGGGAUCCUGUCCCUUCCUUUCCCUCGCGAUUUUAUCCGGAGGGUGCGGUGGUGAGGCGAGGCUGAGCAAGGAAGAGAAUGGCUGUGCAAUGGUGCAGCGCGACGAGCCCGUACGGCUGGUGCCACCGCCCACCCCCGCAGCUGCCGUCCCCGGCAUUGGUGUCGAUCGUGUCGCAGCCGAGGAGGAUCGUCUGUGUGUCCGUCCGCAGGGAGGUCGCCGUGGCCACGGCGGCAGAGGCGGCCACGCCGGAGGUUGAGGCGGACAUGGACAUGGAGGAAGAAGGUGUAGAGUGCGAAGAAGGGUGCGGCGGCACGGGGUGGCUGCUCUGCGACUUCUGCAAGGGGAAGAAGAACAACGUCAAGUCCGAGAGCAGCCCCCGGAUCUACCGCCGCUGCCCGACCUGCAAGGCCGCGGGGUACAUCUUGUGCCAGAGAUGCAGGGUCUACAGAUGCAUCACAUAUCCAGAGAGCACCGAAUCAUGAUAGGCACAGGCAUGCACAGCAGCACAUAGAGCUGGAGAUCUAUCUUCUCAUCGUUUGCAGUGUGGAUCAUUUGUCUUCCGUCAGUGUCGACAGGAGAGCAUGCUCUGUGCAUUCUGUUUUUUGCUCCGUUGCCAAUGAAUGUUAUCCUAGCUUGGUCAUCAGGAAAAACUUCCCUGAUCACCAGAAACUUUGCAGUUUGCACAUGUAUCUGUCUGUGUUUCGAAUAGGUCACUGGCAUUAGAGCAA